AACAACUUAUGAAUAUCCGUCAGUUUAGCUUUUAGGGUGACGCUCAGAAUGCUUGCCAGUUUCGGUGUAGCAACAGAUUGAGUACUUGUCCCACAAACUGUGGGUCCAGGAAGAAGGUCCAUUUAAACAGAGUUUACAUUAGUUUACUUCUAUUCCCGUUGGUUUGAACUGGCAGCUUUUAAUACCAUAUUAAGUCUCGCUAUGGAUUAUGUCUAUUUUACGAUGUACUGUUAUAUCAGUUUAUUAUUCCUGGACUACCGACAUGUUGCAAAAUCCCAUGCCAAUCUCUCUGGAAAGUUAAGUGAAUAUGGUCUUAUCGUGCCAUUCAGUACAGACUCCCACGGCCGGUACAUUUCUCACGUGGUCUCAGCAGCAACUGGAAGUAAAGGCGGGGGUUCGCACCCUGGACGAAGACGGGUAGCCCGCAGCGCCUCCGAGACCCUUUCUUUAACCUCAGCUGGACAGCACUUAUUUUUCAAUGUUACUGUUUUUGGAAAGGAAUUGCACUUACGCCUGAGAGCCAACAGGAGGCUCGUUGCUCCAGGUGCUUCUGUGGAAUGGCAGGAAGACUUUGAGGAAAAGGCCCAUGAACAAAUUCACGGUGACUGCGUUUUCACAGGAGAUGUAUCGGACAUGCCAGAGGCCAAAGUGGCCAUAAGCAACUGUGAUGGACUGGCAGGCCUGAUUCGCACUGAUAAUGGGGAGUUUUUCAUUGAGCCCUUAGAGAAGGGACAACAGGAAGUGGAAGAAAAGGGGCGUGUUCACGUGGUGUACCGCAGGUCUGCCAUCAAAAGGGAACCAACCCAAAGAAGGGAGGACCUCCAUAAUGAAGUGCCAGACUUUGGAAUCGGUGAAUUUCACAACAACCUGGAGCUGGUGGAGCACAAGCUGUCGGAGUCGGAGCGCAAACGUAGGCACGCCAGGAAGGACGAUUACAACAUCGAGGUGCUGCUGGCGGUGGACGACUCGGUGGUGCGGUUCCACGGGAAGGAGCACGUGCAGAACUAUGUCCUGACCCUGAUGAACAUAGUUGAUGAAAUCUACCAUGACGAGUCCUUGGGAACCAACAUCAAUAUUGUCCUUGUUCGCAUGAUAAUGGUCGGCUAUCGACAGUCCAUCAGCCUGAUCGAGCGAGGGAACCCCUCCCGUAGCCUGGAGCAGGUCUGCCGCUGGGCGAACACGCAGCAGCGGCGUGACCCCGAUCAUGCCGAGUACCACGACCAUGCCAUCUUCCUCACAAGGCAAGAUUUUGGUCCCGCAGGUAUGCAAGGUUAUGCCCCAGUUACGGGAAUGUGCCACCCUCUCCGGAGCUGUACUCUAAACCAUGAGGACGGCUUCUCCUCUGCCUUUGUUGUAGCUCAUGAGACUGGCCACGUGUUAGGUAUGGAACAUGACGGUCAGGGGAAUCGUUGUGCAGAUGAGACGAGCAUGGGGAGCAUCAUGGCCCCGCUGGUGCAGGCGGCCUUCCAUCGCUACCACUGGUCCCGCUGCAGCAAGCAGGAGCUCAACCGCUACAUCCACUCUUACGACUGCCUGCUGGACGACCCCUUUGAACACAAGUGGCCCAAGCUCCCCGAGCUCCCAGGGAUUAACUACUCCAUGGACGAGCAGUGCCGCUUUGAUUUCGGCGUGGGAUACAAGAUGUGCACCGCCUUUCGCACAUAUGAUCCGUGCAAACAGCUGUGGUGCAGCCACCCCGACAACCAGUAUUUCUGCAAAACCAAGAAGGGCCCCCCCGUUGAUGGCACGGAAUGCGCACCAGGAAAGUGGUGCUUCAAGGGUCACUGCAUCUGGAGGUCAUCUCACCAGCCGUAUGGACACGAUGGAAGCUGGGGGUCCUGGGGGAAGUUCGGGUCCUGCUCCCGGACCUGUGGAGGCGGGGUGCGCUCCCGCAGCCGGCAGUGCAACAACCCGCCGCCUGCUUAUGGUGGAAGGGAUUGUCCUGGAUCUACGUUUGAUUACCAGAUGUGCAACACAGAGGAGUGCCCCGGGCCCUACGAGGACUUCCGCGCCCAGCAGUGCAUCCAGAGGAGCAACAAAUACCAUCAGAACGUCAAGCACACCUGGCUGCCGUAUGAGCACCCAGACGAGGCCCACAAGUGCGAGCUGAGCUGCCAGUCCAAGGAAACGGGAGAGGUGGUGUUCAUGAACCAGGUUAUGCAUGAUGGGACUCGUUGCAGCUACACCGACCCCUUCAGUGUAUGCGCCCGCGGGGAAUGUCUGCAUGUGGGCUGUGACAAAGAGGUGGGAUCGUACAAACAAGAGGACAAGUGUGGAGUGUGCGGCGGGGACAACUCGCACUGCCGCACCGUCAAGCUCACCCUCACCAAGACGCCAAAGAAAACUGGCAUGCUGAAAAUGUUUGAUAUCCCGGUUGGAGCCAGACAUAUAGUCAUAGAAGAAAAUGAGACAUCCCCUCACAUUAUUGCUGUAAAAAAUCAAGUGACUGGCAAUUUCAUACUGAACGCGAAAAGUGAGGAUGCCAAGUCGAAAAAGUUCAUCGAGAGCGGUUUGGAGUGGGAGUACUCUGUUGGAAGUGGCAAAGAAAGCCUGAAAACGAUCGGCCCCCUUCACGAAGGCAUUGUUGUUCUGGUUAUUCCUCAAGAGGAAGACACCAAAAUCAGCCUGACCUACAAGUACAUUAUCCACGAAGACCUGCUGCCAGUCAUCACCAAUAACAAUGUGUUGUUGGCGGAAUUAGACACCUAUGAGUGGGCUCUGAAAAGCUGGUCACAAUGCUCAAAACCAUGUGGGGGAGGUAUUCAGUAUACAAAAUAUGGGUGUAGGAGGAAGAGUGACAACAGAUUGGUGCACCGAAACUUCUGCGAAACCAGCAAGAAGCCCAAACCGAUUCGAAAGCGAUGCAAUGUGAACGAAUGCAGCCAGCCCACGUGGGUUGUGGAGGAGUGGGGCCCUUGCAGUAAGACCUGCGGGAAGCUGGGCUAUCAGACACGGGUGGUGCAGUGUGUGCAGGCUCUGCAAAAUGGCACCAACAGGACAGUCCACACCAAGUACUGCACGGAGGAGCGCCCGGAGACGAGGAGGCCGUGUAACCGCUCUACGUGCCCCGCCCAGUGGAGAACAGGUGCCUGGUCUCAGUGCUCGGUCACCUGUGGUGAAGGAAUUCAGCAGCGCCAGGUGGUGUGCAGAGCAUCAGACAACAGCAUCGGGCAAUGUGAAGGGGACAAGCCGGAAACAGUGCUCAUCUGCAAAUUGGUACCUUGUCCAGGACAGUUGACCAUACCCUCCUCUAGUCCAGAGGAACUGCUGAAUGGGAGUAUUUCCUCAAAGGGUGAGGAAAUACCCCAGGUUAUCCCAGACGGCCCCGUUAAUAAAAUUUCUUCAAAUGAGCCUUGUCUUGGUGAUAAGUCCAUAUUCUGCCAAAUGGAAGUUCUAGCACGUUACUGCUCCAUCCCAGGCUACAACAAGCUGUGCUGUGAGUCCUGUAACAAGAAAUUAGAUUUAACUACUCUGCCUCCCAACCUCACUAAGUCAGCCACUGAAAUUACACCGGAUCCCAAGGCUCCGAUUCUGUCCAGCACCAUUCCAACACCGGAGGCAACGCCCACCCCAGCUACCCAGAAUCCACCUCAGAUGACUACAGCUGCAGCUGGGAGGCUUCACUCCACCCUGGCAGGUCUGACGGUCCCCACUCCAAGCCCCCAGUCUGCUGGCCUGUCACCAGCAAGCAGCAGUGCUGUCUCGCAGGGCCCUGCCAGUGACUCUCCCUCGACCGAGAGCCCAGACUCAAAUGCCACAGUAACUCUACCUCCAGGGACGAGUGUCGCCCUGCACCGGCUUACCUCAGACUCCGAUCGAAAUCUGUCGAGCGAACACAGUGAAAACAGCACUUUAGGCUCCUUGGGCACUGCCAGGCCAAGAAGGGAUGAUUCAGGAUCUGAGAGGGACCUGACUCACAGGACUGUGCCCGUGGUGACAUGAGCUGUGACUCGUUCACUGCGAACGUGCCACAUGAUGAUAUCUUCACACUCACCGGUUCGCGGUUCAAACAUUCUGUGAUUAAUAAUUCGUGGACUUUCAACCAGUUGCUGCAAGUAAAAGUUGCCAGUGGACUUAGACCAGUAAUGGUUACCUCAAAAACAGCAGAGUAAAUUUAAUGCACACACACUGCAUUAUAAAACCUUCUCUGCUUUGAUUAAGAAAUGGAAAAAAAAGAA